GCAGGUGUCUGAGCACAGGGCAGGUGUAGGAGCACAGUGCGGAGUCAGCAGCAUUUCCUCUUUCAGCUGCACAUCUCACAGGUACAAUCGGAUUAUUCUUACCGGGUUUGAACUGAGUUCUGGGUUCUUUUCCCUCAGCUGCUGCUGGUGUCAGUAAAGUGGUGCUGGGAGUCUGGAGCUUCACCUGAACAGCUACAGGCAGACAUGGAGGAAAUGACGAUAUGGGAGCAGCACACGGUGACGCUGAACAAAGAUCCCAAGAUGGGUUUUGGUUUUGCUAUCUCAGGUGGGAGAGACAAACCAAACCCAGGAAGCGGGGGCACAGCUGUGAUCGUCUCUGAUGUGAUACCCAGUGGCCCAGCGAUGGGGAGAUUACAGACCCGGGAUCAGAUAGUGAUGGUGAAUGGGAUUUCAGUGGAGAACUCCACGUCUCAGAACACCAUUCAGCAUCUCAAGCGCUGCGGCAAAACUGCUAACAUUACAGUGAAGAGGCCUCGCACAGUCCAGGUCCCAGUGAGUGGUAGACCUACACGAGCUUCCUCACAGUCAAACCUGCUGGAUGAUGGAUACGAGCGGAAACCUCGGUACGGGUCAGACUCUGGGUACGGACGCCGUCCUCGAAGUACCACACCUGAACGCAACGGCCACGACCUGCCACUCAUGUCUGGCUUCAAGAGACUUCCCAGUCAGGACAGUGCAGAAAAACCCAUCAGAGCCACACUAGUGAAGCUCAAGCCAACAGACGAGUAUGGGAUGAAGUUGGGCAGUCAGAUCUUUAUCAAGCACAUGACCCCCACUGGGCUGGCUGCGAAAGAAGGCACACUACAGGAAGGAGAUCUUGUUCUCAAGAUUAAUGGAAUGACUACAGAAAACCUCUCCCUGCUGGAGACCAAGCACCUGGUGGAGAAAUCAAAAGGAAAACUCACCAUGGUGGUUCUGAGAGACAACAGGAAGUUCUUGGUCAGUAUCCCUGAGGUGGAGGACAGUCCUCAGCACAGCACGGCGGAGAGGAGCGGCGGCAGCAGUUCAGAGCUGGAGGAAAUUUCUGAUCUGGACACGGACAGCCCUGUUAGGAGUCGAACAUCUCGUCCACCGACUCGAGAACGUCGCACUCGCAGAAACCGUGCUGAGGUUCCUCCAUCCUCAAAAGCUCGUGAUUCACCUCAACUGCGCUCCAACAAGACGCAGCCCAUCUCCUACGCAAUGCCACGACGCAGAGUCUCGUCUGAGUCCGAAUCAGACCACAGCAAAUCUCCUCCUCCUUCGUCUAAACACAACAGCCUUGACAGCAGAGACCGGUACAGAGUGCUUUCUGGAGUCUCUGCACUGCCCAAUCCUCGAGCUUCUCCUGUUAAUUUAAACUGGAACGCUCCUCGCACCUCCCACUCGUUACCUCGGCCACAAAAAGUUGUUUCAGAGUCGGAUUCGGACCACAGUGCAUCUCCAACCCCAAGACGUGAGAGUCCCAGGACUGAUGUUCAGACCAGAUACAAGGUUCUCCCUGAUCUUCCCCAAGCCGGCUUGAAGUCAUCAUCUCGCAGCCGUUCCCUGGACCUCCUGAGCCAUGGCUCCUCCCCUUACAGACCCCCACCACGAGAUGUGUCCGAGUCCGAGUCAGAUGAAAGUUCAGGAACAGCUCUCAGACAGGGAACCUUGUCCAGCCAGGACUCACGCAACAGAUACAGCAGGGCCACGCCCGAGAUAUCACUAGCUCCCAUGGUCACGUCCCCGAAAUGGUCAAAACCUUCUACGCCCAUCAGGAGAGGUCCGUCGGAGUCGGAGUCAGAUGCAAGUUAUCCAGUGGUUCCCAGUCCAGAUGUCACAAAUCCACACGAAGCUGUUACUCCAACUCAAGUGCCAUCAGUUCAAAGCAGACCAGAGCAUCGUUACAGAGCCUCCUCACCUCCCAGACCUUCUCCUGACGUCCCUCUGUCUGAGAGAACACCUUCUCCACCCUGGAGAUCAGGCAGCACUGAUCACGACAGCAAUCACAGUCUGCCGGAGGCCGACAACAUGCUUCGAUCUGAUCCAUCAGGAUUCAUCUCCAGAAACCACACCAGGCUGAAGGCCAAGCCUGUAGAAGAACCUCUCUACUCGCUCCCACCUGAUGCAGGAUCUACACCUGCUCUAGGCUACAGCUCAGACCAGAAGAUGGUGGGGUUUGUGAAGGAGGGCAGUCUGGGUCUCCGGCUUGUAGGUGGCAAUGAUGUGGGCAUUUUUGUCGGAGGCCUCCAGCCUAACAGCCCUGCUCAGAAUGAGGGCAUGAGAGAGGGGGAUCAGAUUCUGCAGGUCAAUGGGGUUGACUUUAAUCACUUCACCAGAGAAGAGGCCGCCAUGUUUCUGAUGAACAUUCGCUCUGGAGGACGCAUUGAGAUGCUCACACAGAAUAAAAUGGACAUUUAUAAGAAGAUCCUGAAGUCCAACCUGGGCGACUCCUUUUACAUCCGCACCCACUUUGACCAUGAGCCAGAUGAGACCCACGGUCUGCGCUUCACUCGAGGAGAGGUUUUCCGUGUGGUGGACACGAUGCAUCGUGGGAAACUGGGAACUUGGUUAGCUGUUCGGAUGGGAACCAACCUCUAUGAGCUGGACAAGGGCACUAUUCCCAACCAGACCAGAGCUGAAAGUCUAGCCCUUGCCGAGCAGACUCAGAGGAUCCAGAUGGCAGAACGCCAGGCUUCAGCUCCCAGAGCAGAGUUUUGGAAACUGCGAGGUCUCAGAGGGGCCAAGAAGCCUGUCAGAAGAACACGAGACGACCUUCUUCAACUGACCAUUCAGGGCCGAUUUCCAGCAUAUGAGAAGGUUGUGCUGAAGGAAGCUAAUUUUAAACGCCCGAUUGUCAUCACGGGUCCCCUAAACGACAUCGCAAAUGAGAAACUAGCCAAAGAAAUGCCUAAUGAUUUUGAGGUGGCAGAAAUGGUGCCCAGGAAUGGAGGAGACGCACCGUCUGUCAUUAAACUAGACACAGUGAAAACAAUCGCAGAAAAGGAAAAGCACCCUCUAUUGGACAUCACACCCACUGCAGUGGAAAGACUCAGUUACAUCCAGUAUCACCCCAUAGUUCUGUUCCUGGAGCCACACAGCCGCAAAGACGUGAAGACGAUGAGACAGAGAUAUGAUCCCAACUCUAAGAAAAGCUCUCGCAAACUCUACAGUCAGGCCAUGAAGCUCAAGAAACAAUACAGCCACCUUUUUGCAGCACACAUUGAUCUUCAGCCCACCUCUAAUGUGUGGUAUGAAAUUCUUAAAGAAAAGAUCCGGCAGCAGCAGUCGAAACCUGUCUGGGUCUCAGAAGUGACGUUGGAGGGAGGUGUCAAUGAGGACCUGGACGUGUUCAACCGUAAUGAUACCUCCGACUACCUCAGUGGUGCCAGCGAUUAUGAGGACACAGACGGUGAGCCCUACACUGACGGCGAGACCUACACAGACAAUGAGGACCUGGAGGAGCCGGUUCUCAGCCAACCGGACACGAAGUGGCGUCGGACCUCUGCGUUGGCUCGCUCCUCAGAACCAGCUGCACAGCAGACACCUAGCCCUGAGCCUGGGCCCUAUUAUGAAGAGGAGGAGGACCCUGACUAUACUCUACCCCCUCAACACGCCCCUCCUAUUCGCUAUAACCCUGAACCCCAAGCCUCUCAGCUGGACAAUGCAACACGCAGUUUCACAGAUUCGGACUUCAGUGGCGAGCCCGACCACCCCAGCACACCCGGCUCUGAAGGACCUCCAGAAUUCAGAGCUCCAGAUCCCACAUCGCUCCCUCGCGAGAGCCCACCACCCGUCACUCUGUCCGUCAUAGAGCAGAAACUAGAACAGACUCGCAUGGAAGACCAACCCAAAACUCCUUUAGUUGUUUUGGCACAUCAUGAAGCAAUGUUGAUGCGAAGAACUCAGAUCAGAGGCAGCGACAGUUCAGAGAACAGCGAUGAGUAUAACAAUGAUGGAGAUGAAUCCGAUGACACGGAAUGGGGCCCUGCCACAGAGCUCUAAUACACACACACACACACACACACACACACACACACACACACACACACACUUGUCUUAAAAAAACACAUGGACUUGUCACUGGAGUUUCCUCAUGAACCUGUUCAGAACACUGUUACCGCUGCACUGUAUUGCAAUCACUGGGGUUUUUUCAGCCCCUGUACUGCUGGACGUCUCGCGUCCGAUGUAUAUUUUACCUGCUGUAUAACAUUACAGCCAUGUCUGCUUUUAAAAAAUGUGAAUUCUUUUAAAAAUAAAUGGAUUAAACGACA